AUGGUGAACACUCCUAUUUUGGAAAAAGAAAACACAGGAGAAAUAAGUAAACUGUCUUCCAACUUGCUUGCACUCUUAAUAUUUAUUGACUACCACUCUGAGUCAAACAUUAAAGUAGAUCUGGGGAUAAAGAGGAUAAUCCCAAUAUCUGUGUUCAUCAUCAGCACUGAAACGGAAGAAAACAGGAUGAAUGUGACUGACUUAAUUCUAAUAGGACUUACACAGAAUCCUCAGGUGCAGAGAAUUCUAGUUGUUGUUUUGCUUAUCACCUACAUUGUCACUGUCUCAGGAAACCUGCUCAUUGUGGUCACCAUAAUCUGCAGUCAGGCAUUGAAAUCCCCAAUGAAUUUCUUCCUGGCCUUCUUAUCUUUGAUAGAUGCCUGCUACUCCUCUUCCAUACUUCCUAAAAUGCUAGCUGACUUGCUCUCUGAGACAAAAACCAUCUCCUUCAGUGGCUGCAUGACACAGAUCUUUAUUGAACAUUUCUUAGGUGGUUCUGAGGUUGCCCUCCUUGUGGUCAUGGCCUAUGACCGUUACGUGGCCAUCUGUAGACCUCUGCACUAUGUGACCAUCAUGAACCACCAUGUAUGCUGCCUUUUGGUGGGGGUGUCUUGGACAGUGGGUUUUGUCCACUCUAUUGGACAGAUUCUUGUCACUUUCUGGCUCCCAUUCUGUGGCCCCAACAUUAUGGAUCACUUCACGUGUGACGUCUUCCCCCUGAUACAACUUGCCUGCACAGACAAUUUCCUUUUUGGUCUCCUGAUUGCUGCCAAUGGUGGGAUAAUGUCUGUGAUUACCUUUGUAAUGUUGUUGGUAUCCUAUGUCUUCAUCCUGCAUUCGUUGAGGAUUCACAGCUCUGCAGGAAGGAAAAAGGCCCUCUCUACCUGUACCUCCCACAUCACUGUUGUUGUCUUGUUCUUUGUGCCCUGUAUUUUUAUGUAUAUGCGACCAGUAGCCACCUUCUCCAUGGAUAAAGGCAUAACUGUAUUCUAUACCCUUGUCACUCCCAUGUUAAAUCUCAUUAUCUACACAGUAAGGAAUGCAGAAGUAAAAAAUGCCAUCAAAAUGUUACUGAAAAGAAAUGUAAUUUCAGAUAAUAAAUGACCCAAUAUGAAGAUUUUAUUUCUAUCAUAAUCUUUACAUUUUUAUGUUAAUAUAUAUGUGGGUUUGUGUGUAUGUGCGUAUAUAUAUAUAUAUAUAUAUAUGCAUAUAUAUAUGUAUAUAUAUACCUCUUUCCCACCUGUAUCACUUAACUGCCAUAGAACCUUUGCACAAGAAUGGCAUGGAGGUUGUGUCUGACCUCCUCUAACUUCACAAGGGGAAAGGAGAAUCAAAGCCAACAGCCCAAGCCUGAUUCCUUGCGGAAGUCAGAUAUGACUCCUUUCUCUGCCAUCUUUACUAAUUUUGAUACCAACUGUCCCUGCAUGACACUCUCUACUUCUCUGCUGGGUUCGGUAAUCCAUUGCAAUGGCCACACAGAACUCACAGACAAUACUCACGAUUAUGGUGUUUAUUAGGGAAGUAACAGUUACAAUUCAGGCCCAAGAACAUUCAAGAUACAGCUCUUCCAUCAGGGCAGCCUCUUCCCAGCUGUGUUCACAGGCACACCUCUCCCUGGUCCUAGGCGUCUACCCAAAGGCACUCAACUUUCUUCAUGGGCCAGGAAGCCCACCAAGCCUUCACCUGUCAGUUCUUUCUUCCCACCACUUCUCACCAUCUUCAGGGUUAUAGCUCGUUGUCUCUGUUGGUCUCUUUCUUCUAGGAGCUUCUUAGCACAGGAACCCCAGGUCCAAAGGAUGUGCUGGCUUCUGGCUGUUAAUCUUUGGUGGCAGUGGGAUCUCUUCUUUACCCCAUUUGAUGUGGCUCAUUUCAAGCCCAGCUGGGGAGCAAAACUGACCAAUCCCUUUGGUGGACCACCAUUAUCCUACCACGGAGUGCUGCUGGGGGUUACAAGACCGCGGCUAGAGAGGCCACACAAAAGUGAUCCUUCACAUCGCAGUUUGCAACAAUUAUUCUGAUUUACAGGUGAUAAAAAUUAAGUUAAAAAGGGCUAAAUAAUCAGCCCAAGGUCAGAGGCAGAGCUAUUUGAAUCUGCAUUUGUUCUAAUUACAAAUCCCAUAUUCUUUCAACCAUUUCAAAUUGUAUCAGGAUCAAAGGCAGCCUUUAUUUUAUAUCGAAGCCUUUCUUGCUUUGUUACAAAUUGCAAAUUCUCUUCUCUAAUUGCAGAGUUGUAUAACUGACUUGCACAUGGAAGCUGUUGUUACUUCAGAACCCAUAGUGGCUACUGGUAUCUAGGACAGUGCAGAAUACAGUUUAGAAAGAAAAUACUUGCUAAUACUCUCUCAGCACACUGACAAUAUACCAAUGUUUAAAAUUAUGUGGGUUUCUUGUUCUGACAAGUAAAAGCUGUCAGUAAUAAAAAUUCAUUGUAUUUAAACCUAAGUGAAAUUUUAAAGUGUCCUUUGGUGGUCACAAUGACCCUAUAACAUUGAAAUUUAGUUAAUGUUAUUAUUUUACUGGAAAAAAAGUAGGUGGGUCAUAAAAUUUAAAUAAUUAGAUCAUAGAACAAAUAAAUCAGCCUUGAGCUCAAAUAUUCUCACUUCACAUCCUGUGACUUUUUCAUUAUACAUAUAAUUCUUUUGUGCUAGUACUUAGUUAUACUUAGUUAUGGUCUGUUUUUUUUAAAUAUAUAUUUUUUAAUUUUAUGUCAUACUUGUUGCCAUCAAGUUGAUUCUGACACACAGCAACCCUAUAGUACCCUAUAGUCCAAAGAGAGACUGAUAUAUUUGAACUACUUACCUUUUGUUUAGCAGCCAAACUCUUAACCACUACUCCACCAGGGCUCCAUGUGUCAUAGGAAGUGACAUUUUGUUAGGUUUAAAAUCAUUUAAACAAAGAAAAAAACAAAAAACCCAUUGCCAUUGAGUUGAUUCUGAGUCACAGAGAUCCUAUAGGACAGAGUAGAAGAGCCCCAUAGGGUUUCCAAGGAGCAGCUGGUGGAUUCAAACUGCUGACAUUUGGUUAACAGACUUAGCUCUUAAUCACUGGGUCACCAUGGCUCCUUAGUGGUAAUUACGUGCUGUUCUUUUUUUCCCCCCAAACACUGUGUAACAUAUCAAUUUAACUAUUAAAAAUUCACUAUGUUGUUACUUGAAUCUAACAUUAUUAAGUAUAUAUCUGAGACUUCUCUUUGCAAACUGCUUCCAGAGAUGGCUUAAGCAUAAGGCGUACAAGAAAAGAGAAAUCAUUACUCCUCAGUUGGUCAAGGGAAGAUUUCUCAGCUAAAGAACUUACUUAACUCAUAAGACUUUGUUGCAAAUAAGUUUUGGUUCUUUUAAAAAACAAAGUUUGCAACCACGAGAUGAAUGUAUGCCAUAGAUGUCUUUAUAGGACACUUUGACAUAGUGUUCUAGCCUCCCACCUCAUGGGUAUCAUACAUUUUAUUCGAGAAGUCAGAGGAUUCUAAGAUGCAACAAUAAUUAGCAAGAUAUUAUGACUGUGAAACACAGUGGAGGGUAAGAACACCAGCUUCAGGAUCAGUAGACACUGGUUUUUUUUUUCCUUACUGUGCGAUGGCAGUGGGUUUUUUUUGGGGUGCCCCCAUUUCAUUAUAUGAUCUUAUAUAGGUCUCCCUAUAUUUAUAGGUAGUUUACUUAGAUAACUUAGGAGGUGUUCCCAAGCUCUUUGAUUCUGUUCAUUCCAUUUUUAUUUCCUUAAAUAUUGUUUUAUUUAAUUCUACUUCAUUUGGAAGAAGUAAAAUUGGAAGAGUCAUAAGCAAUUAUAUUUCUACAGGCCAAGAGUUGGCCACAGCCCACCACCUUAAACAUUUCUAUUUUUGGUAAACAGCUCAGGAGAUGUUUUCCUUUGAUGAAAGGAUCUUUGGCCUGGACUAAACAAUUGAGGAUAAGACCUCUGCUCUUGAAGGUUUUAUUGCCUUGAAAACAUGGACCUCUGCUGAUUGAAAUGUAUGAAGUUGGCCGUAAGAUGAACACUUUGGCAGUCCCACUUCUUUUUGGUGUGGAAUCAGUCCCUAAAUCUGUCAAACAUGAAACUGUAGCUCAACUGGUUUCUUCCCAACUGUGAUCUGAUGCGUAUUUGAUUUCUCCUGUUUUUAUUCUAAUUUAUCUUCCAGUUUGAAAAUCCAUGUUACUGUCUAUCCAGUGUUUUUUCCACUCUUUCCUUGGAAUUGUGUUCUGGAAACAAGCUUUUCUGGUAUAGCUUCAGGAACACCCCUUUUGAAAAAUUACCUUCAGAGCCAACCCUGACUGAUUUAAACCUAAUUUUUUUUCCAUGGAAGAAUUGAUGUAUUCAAACUGUGGUGUUGGUGAAGAAUACUGAAUAUACGUUGGACUGCAAGAAAAGUAAACAAAACAGUCUUAGAAUAAAUACAAUCAGAAUGCUCCUUAGAAAUAAAGAUGAUGAAAGUUUUCAUUGCUUACUUUUAACACAUCAUCAGGAAAAACCAACUGCUAGAAAGGACAUCUUUUUUGGUAAAGUAGAGGGUCAGUGAAAACAAGGGAAGCCCUCAAUAAGAUGGAUUGUCACAAUAGCCAAAAAAAGGUUUUAAAUAUAUCAAAGAUUUUGAAGAUGGUGAAAGACUGGAUGGUGUUUUGUUCCAUUACACAUAGGGUUGCCAUGAGUUGGAGCCAAAUUGAAGGCAACUAACAACAACAACCGUAGACUCUGCCCUUUCUCUAUUUCAUACUACUCUAAGCCACGCAGAACUAGACUAGACAGGUGUAAGGGAGUCUAAAGAAAUCUCUCUCCUCACCACUUUAGUUGCUUAGUAGAGAUUAGAUGACAAUUUAAUGGGUCACUGUGAAUGGAUUUCAAUCUUUUAGGAGAAUGGGCAAAAUGACCUUGGAAGUACAUGUUAAUUUGACUAAUUCUGAUUCUGUACUUUCAUUCCAGAGUUGAAAGACAAAGUUGAAGACAUUUUCACAGAUGGAAAUCCAUAUUCAUUAGAGUUCUUUGUAUAGUUUCACAUCCCCUGUCAAACUAUAGAACCUGCCAUGACAAGCACUAUAAUAGUCAGAUGUUUAAUCAAAAUCAGUUUAGUCACAUGGGCACAGACAGCUUUCUUAAAUUAUUUUUCUCCCACUACACAUGCUGCUCACAGUGACUGUACCCUCUUGAACCAAUUCAGAAGCUAAACACAAUUUAUUUUUCCUUUUAUUUAAACAGCACAGUUGAACAUAGGUGAAUAAAUGUGGUCCCAUAUAGGAAUGUUUCUGAACUGAAUUUAUUUUGUUUUUAAAAGUAAUUUUUCAAACAUUGGCAUUUUAUUAUUUUUAAUAGGUGACUUGUAAUAUACUCAAAAUGGAUGUCAACAUAAAUGUGCCAUGACACUUCUGCUGUAAAACAAUAAUCUAAGAAUAAGAAUCCUGAACCAGGAUUCAGGAGGAUUAGUUUCUUCUUUUACCUUGGCAGUCAAUUUUCUGAUUCCCUGUCUUAGUUUUCCUGGUUAUACAAUGUGAAUAUUGAUAGCUGUGUCAUUCCCAUUACAUAGGGCUAAUGUUUGACUCAAUUUAAAAGGCUGCAGAAAAUGGCUCAGUGUAUCAACUACUUCUGUGUAUAAAUAAUUCAAGAUAUGAAAUUUUUCCUCAUUAUCAUAUUAGUCUAAUUCCGCGAUUAGAGAAUCAACUGCUGUGAGGAAGUACUUAACA